AUGCGACACGAUCAACAAGCUCCUGACUUGGCGAAUGCAACGACAGUCACGAUUACCAAGCCUAAGAACAGACUCCAGAAAAUACUCAUGGCCGUAUCGAAGAAGCACAGAGGACGAUUACACGACGAACUCGCACAAAGGCUUCAUCAGGAUGUUCGCAACGCCCGAAGCAUCGACAUAUCACGUACUAUGGAUGUUCCUACCCCUGUUCUCGUACCUACACAAGAGCAGAGUUCAUCGUUCUUAUUGAUGCCUGCAGAGAUUCGAAACGAAGUCUAUCAGUAUCUCCUGCCGGAUGUUACCAGCCUGCGAGACGUUACCGGUCUUCUUAGCGCUUGCAAGCAGAUCCGUCAAGAGUUUUCCAGCAUGAUAGUCGCCGAGAGCCAGUUAGUCAUGAACGGCGCAGUACAGAAGAGCAUCGAUAUGGUUCAAGUAGCUUUUUCCACUACUGAGAUAGAUACGGUCAUCGGCACGCCCCAGAUCCAGACGCACUCCCACCUUCAUAACGUGAAAGUCCGUCUCGGAAUGCGCGAUACACGCUCGCUACCUGCCGACGCAAAUGAACCACGCAUAUACUUCGACGACGUCUUCGCCUCGUUCCGCGAAUUACUGAGCCUACAUCUACCUUACGUUACCGUCAAUGUCCCUGCCGCAAUCGCCAAAGACGCCAGUAUAGCCGAUCCCGAACUUCGACAUCGCCUGCUAGACGCAUGCAUCUUUACCUUCAGGGGAUUGGAAGAGACUCCAGGGGUCACAUUGAACGUGCAGCACGUUAUAUUCAAGAUUCAGACUCACAAGUGGGAUACCGCGGCUCUUAUACAUGAACCUGUUGUAGUCUUUGUAAGACGUAUCAACGAACAGAAAGAGAUUAAGUUUGAUCUGCUUUGGAAGGACCCAAGGACGGAGAGCCAGCAAAACUCCACAGAUAUGGCAAUGAUGGCACAGUUGAAAGAUAUCGUAAGGAAGAGUCGCGCGGUUAGCAGAAUCGCGCGAGGAGACUCCGACUCGAUGACCAGUGGGUACAGCAAGUCAGCUCCUACCCAGGACGGCACCAAUCGCCUCCUCCAAUUGCCAGGCGAGAUACGCAACACGAUCUACGAAUACGCACUCACCUCCAACCAUCACGAGAUCUUCUAUCGCGACUCGAUCGACUUCGACUCAAUACCCCAGGCAGUGGCCGAAGAAGUCAACAGUAUAGACGAUAUCUGGCACGCAACACCCCAAGAAUGUGUGGAUGCGUAUUACGAACAUGAGUCCGCGCAGGGCGUAAAGCUGUGUUCUACCGCAGAAUCUACAUUCGAGUUCAACCAGCUGAAGUACGUGUGCAAGCAACUCUACAAAGAGACCAAGCACUUGUCACUGUUAUACAACGAUAUCGUAUUCGCCCAAGACAACGUAUGCGCUCAAAACGCUACCCAUCAGUUCAUCCGCUUCUUCGCUCCAAAGAUGAACGAGUGGAUGUCGGAGGCCUCAUCGUGA